AACACCAAGAAAGAGAGGGGGAGAGUCCUCUUCUCUCUCUCUCUCUCUCUCUCUCUCUUUCUCUACUUUCUCUCUCUCUGUUCCACAACUCACCCUCCCUCACCUCUGUCUCACCACCCCAUGCCACUACCCUCUUUGGAGCCCUUGCCCCCAUCCAUCUCGGUAUGUCAACGAAGGCGGCCAGCCUCGCCGGGCUCCCCGUCGAAGUCCGCCUGAAAAUCAUCCACUUUGCGCUGCCCGGCGAAUUCCGCAUCCAGCUUGACCUCACCUCCUCCUCCUUCACCCACGAGCCAACGCCUCUCCUGGCCGUGUCGCGUACCAUCCGCGCCGAGACCCUCUUCUAUCUGCAACGCGAGAUCAUGGUGACAAUCUCGUCCCCGGCUCCGAUCCUCCACCAGUUGGAUCCUCCCUUGGCGGGCCCGCCUCGCACGCCCUUCUUCGACGGCUGUCCUCGCCAGCUGCGCUUCACAGUGCUCGCCCCACUGAGCGAGCACAUUACCACCCUGACAAGCGCGCACGAUCGUGAGCAGGCUACCUGUAGGCCAGAGAUCGAUAAGUUCCUCGUCAGAUGGGGCAACGCGCUCGUGCGCCUCCCCGAGUCCACCCGACGCGUCGACCUGGACUUUUCGCACGACGGGUUCGAAGUCCGGCCCGUCGUCCUAAGUCACCUUGUGCAGCGCGUCGCUACCCGCCUGUGGAUCUCCAGCAGGGGCAAGACCAUCGUCACCGUCUCCGGCUGCAAAACUCCGAACGGACAGCGGUUUCUGGAGAACUGCAUCAUUGGCCACAAGGGGGUCCAGGUUGAUUUUGACAAGGUGGGGACUGAUACUUGAUAGAGCCGCAAUAGCAUGGAUGGACAUUGAUGCUGGAUAUGGACAGGUACUGAUGUUGUGGA